AAUCGCAAGGCACCGAGGAGAGACUCUGGGGAAUCGUCAACGACCUGGAGGCCCGCACCGCCGCGGCCACGAAACUCGUUACCCGCGCGGAUCAGGGCGAGAACCUCCGACCUUCGAGCGCGGCGCCUCUGGGGCAACCCCGCGGACGACCCGAACAACACCCAGCGCAACCUACUCGUCCUCACCGUCGGGAUGAAACAGAAAGCCGGGGUGGACUCCAUCGUCCGGGCCUUCGACUUGACCCAAUUCACCGUCGUGCUCUUCCACUACGACGGCGCGGUGGACGGCUGGGACGACCUGCCCUGGAGCGAAGACGCGAUCCACGUCUCCGCCAAGAAGCAGAGCAAGUGGUGGUUCGCCAAGAGGUUCCUCCACCCGGACGUGGUGGAGCCGUACGAUUUUGUCUUUCUGUGGGACGAGGACAUCGACGUCGUCACGGAUUCGUUCGACGCGAGCGAGUACCUGCGAAUCGCGAGAGACAACGGGCUCCACAUCUCGCAGCCGGCGCUCGUCUCCGGGCGGGGGGCGUGGCCGAUCACCAGCGCGGUGGAGGGGGUCGAGAUGCAUCGCCGCGGCGUCGACUGGAACGGCGCGCCGUGCCCCGACGCGCAGGGAAACCCGCGGGACGUGCCCCCUUGCGCCGCGUACGUGGAGAUAAUGGUGCCGGUGUUUUCCCGCAGGAGCUGGCGGUGCGUGUGGACGAUGAUACAGAACGAUCUCACGCACGGGUGGGGGCUGGAUCUGACCUGGCACCGGUGCGCGGCGGACCCGGGGGGUAAUCUGAGCGCGGUGGACGCGAUGGGCGUGGUGGACGCGCAGGGGGUGCGACACAAGGCUGAACCCACGUUGAAGGAACAGGGCGAAGGCGGCGUCGGGUUGGACGGCGCAGACGCCGUGGGAAGGCGAAGAGCCGCCGAGUGGGACGCGUACAACUCCAGGUGGAAAACGCCGAUGCUUCAGGAGCUUCACGAGCAGCUGCUGGAACACGACGAGCAGUUCGCGGAGCAUCACGAGGGCGAGUCGGGGACGGACUGA